GGAGUGAAUCUCAAUAAGUAUUAGCUUAUAAUGAAUUUCUCACUAUUGUUGUUAAUAUUAAUACAAAUACUUAGUGUUAAGUGUACCGUGAUCAUAAAUGGACCAGACAAUAACGUGAUUAACAAGUGCAAUUUAGAUCCGGCAUUAAUUGCAGAAAUAGCUUCAUACAAAAAUACAACAGAAUUCAUCAUAAAUGAAAUAACACAGAAAUGGGGAACGAAAUUUUUUUCACAAUUUAAACAAUUUAUUGACAUAUUCGGUGCACGUCCUUCGGGAAGUAAAAUUCUGGAAGAAGCUAUAGAUCACAUGAUAGACUUAGCAUUAAAAAACGGUCUAGAUGGAGUCACCACUGAAGAUGUGAAUGUACCACAUUGGGUUCGAGGAGAAGAAUCAGCUGUAAUGAUUAGUCCCAGACGUAAAAAUAUUGCUAUACUCGGUUUUGGUACCAGCAUCUGCACACCGCCACAAGGUAUUACAGCUAAAGUUAUAGUAGUCAGAAGUUUUGAAGACCUAAAUACCAUAAACGAAAGUCAAAUAAGAGGAAAAAUUGUUGUGUUUGAUCCACCUUUCAUUUCAUAUGGAAAAACAGUAAUCUAUAGAACUCAAGGAGCAACUAGAGCAGCUGAGAAAGGGGCUCUGGCAACACUAGUGAGAAGUGUAACGCCAUUUUCUCUAUACACUCUACAUACGGGUUCACAAUAUUAUGGGGAAAACGUAACAAAGAUACCAACAGCAGCUAUAACCCAUGAAGAUGCAGACCUAAUGCGCAGUUUACAAACGGCUGGAAAAGAAAUUACUCUAACAAUAAAAAUGUUCAAUACCUUUGAUAUGAAAAUUUCCCGGAAUACUAUACUCGAUCUCAAAGGAUCCGAAGAUCCUCGCAAAUUUGUAAUUGUGUCUGGACAUAUCGAUAGUUGGGAUGUUGGGCAAGGUGCAAUGGAUGACGGUGGUGGCAUGAUGAUAAGCUGGUUCGUGCCCGUUAUAUUGAAAUACUUUAAAAUUACUCCCAGAAGGACCAUAAGGAGCAUUUUGUGGACUGCAGAAGAACCCGGGUUGGUUGGUGCUGCAGCGUAUUUAAAAGCACAUGAGAAUGAGCUUAUGAAUAUUACGUUUAUCAUGGAAUCUGAUGAAGGUACGUUUGCCCCAUUGGGUUUAGACAUAGCUGGAACACCAGAAGCCCGGUGUGUUAUACAAGAGAUAUUGAAACUAUUCUCUCCUAUUGAUAAAAUAACCGAAAGUGGUAGUCCAGGCUCAGAUAUUACAAUGUUUAUAAAAAAAGGUGUACCUGGUGCAUCUUUGCUUAAUGCGAAUCAACGGUAUUUCUGGUACCAUCACAGCGAGGCAGACACCAUUAGUGUUCAAAAUGAGAUCGACAUGACUAAUUGUGCAGCAUUUUGGACGGCCGUGUCGUUUGUUAUAGCUGACCUCUCUAUAGACAUACCUCGUUGAAAUUUAAUUAAAAUUUAUCAAUGCGUGAUACCAGCAAAUUUUACCGCAGUUAACAUCACACAAGGCCCCCU